AUGACUUCACAGCGAUGGAUGCUGGCAGUCUGCUUUUCACUGGCCUCAGUUUUAGGGACAGCUGAAUCGGUCACAACAACAGAAACUCAGAAACACACUUGCAGGACAUUUGGCAGCGGGGUUGUCCAGCCUUUCAAUGGUUCAAGUUUCUACGUGCGCUCCAACUGCCCGUUCACUCUCACCCGCUUCACCCACAACCGGGUGGAGUGUGACAUCACCACACGGCGGGACGACAGCGGGCUGCUGGUCCAAGUCGAGAUCAUUAUCAACAAAGUCAGGACUUUUUUGACGAAUGGAAGCAUCCUGGUGGAGAAGAAAAGCGUUUCCCUUCCGUACGACCACACCUACCAGCAUAUCUUUCAGUACGGCAUCUACACUAAACUGAGGAGCUCGCUGCUUCCUCUGUCUAUCACUUGGCACAAUGUACCUGGAGGAAUAGACACAGCGUGGGUGGAGGUGGAGCAGGAGCUGAGUGCUGACAUGACCGGACUAUGUGGGAACAACCGAGGCAACAAGCAGAAGUUGAUCACAGAGAGUGUGCUUGCUGAUGACACAUGUCAAACUCGAGAUCCUGUCUCCGUUACAAAUCAAGUCUGCAGUCGGUUCAUGUCCUACGUCAUGGAUUGUUUGAAAGAUAAGAAUCCUCAUUAUAGACAACUCUGUGACAAGAACACUUAUGGCUAUGAAAAAAGUAAAUACAUCGGCUGUGCCUUCUUCAAAGAAGUUGUCCAACAGUGUGGAAACAGCAGCUAUGUCUGGACUAGAUGGAGAUCUGAGACAGCAUGUGCGGAACAGAUUUGUCCUGGAGACCUGGUUUAUGUAGAACAGGGUCCGGCCUUUGUUCCCAGCUGCUCCAAUCUGAACCCCAGAUUAUCCAGCCAGGAUCUCACCAGCUCCUGCGUCUGCCCAAACGGUAAGGUGCUUAAUGAUCGUGCAGUUGGCUUCCACUGUGUGAGUGUGUCCAGCUGCCCCUGUGUGUUUGCUGGAAAGAGCUACUCAACUGGAGAUGUACGUGGCACCAAGUGUCAGACAUGUACGUGUGACAGAGGCACAUGGCAAUGCUCUAAAAACUUCUGCCCCAACAGAUGUCUUAUUGAAGGGCCGUUUGUGACAACAUAUGAUGGCAAACAAUAUGCCAUCCCUGGUAAAUGUUCAUACUUGGCCUCACAGGGUCAAGACUGGCAAAUAAAAAUAGCAUUUUCCGAAAAAGCACCCUCUCUGAAAACAGUCAUUCUUGAGCUUAAGAAAACACAUGCGUUGUAUACAUUCUCAAACAACAUUGUUACAUUCGGAGAGGAGGAGAUUACUGAACUUCAUCAGUCUGAUCAAGCUCUGGUUUUCUGGCAGUCGUCCAUGUACGUCCAUGUCCACACACCCUUUGGUUUGAAGAUCCAAGUCCAGAUGUCUCCUGAAAUCCAGCUGUAUAUCACUCCACCCAGAAACCACACUGGAAUUAUCUCAGGUCUUUGUGGCAACAACAACAAUGACUCCACAGAUGACUUCACCACCAGCAACAACAUCAUUGAGAACUCUGCUCAACUAUUUGCUCUGUCCUGGAGUAUGGGUGAUUGUCCACCGAACAUCAACCCCUGUGUCAACACAGACAAUGAAAUAUUUGCUGAUGAAAAGUGCUCGGUGUUGAGCAACCCAACUGGGAUAUUUGCUAAGUGCCAUGGUCAUAUCCCAAUUGAUCAUUACCACAUGGCUUGCAUCCAAAGAACAUGUAACUGUGACAGCAGUCUACAGCAGUGCUUGUGUGUCGCUCUGGGCAGCUACGCCAAAGCCUGCGCCAAUCUGGGUGUUGUAGUUGGUGACUGGAGGAAAACUACCAACUGCACUCUGACAUGUCAGAAGAACCAAGAAUUCUCCUACAACAUGCAAGCUUGCAAUCAUACAUGCCGCUCCCUGUCUGGCCCUGACCCUCGCUGUGGGCUGGACGAAGUGCCUGUGGAGGGCUGUGGCUGUCCGGAGGGAACUCACCUGAACAAAGAGAACGUCUGUACCCCAAAGACGGAGUGUGUUUGUCACCACCAGGGGGGUACAAUGCCUCCAGGGUGUGGGGUUAUCGACGGACGAAAGUGCUGCUGUGAGAAUGGAAAACUGAGCUGUUCUGAAGAUUGUGGGUGCAGAAACGGGAAGGUUUGUGUUCAUUGCUCCAGUGAUCCAGUUAAGACGACUCAGAAAACCUGUGACAGUCUCAGCAAACCAGUGGACACCAGCAGGACCUGCGAGAGUGGCUGUUACUGCCCACAUGACCAGUAUGAGGAUCACCAUGGCAACUGUGUUUUUCUGGACAACUGCACCUGUGUGUACAGUGGCAAUGUGUACAAUGCAGGACAGACUGUCAAAACCAAGUGCAAAACAUGUGUCUGUGGUCGGGGUCAGUGGAACUGCAAAGAUGAGCCUUGUCCUGGGAAGUGUCAAGUUUACGGAAACGGACACUACCAGACUUUUGACUCCAAAUGGUACCGCUUUGAUGGACACUGUCAGUACACACUUGUAGAGGAUUACUGUGGAAUUAGAAACGGUACCUUUUCUGUCAGAGUUGAGAGUGUACCCUGCUGUGAUGAGGCGCUCACCUGCUCUCGCUCCAUCAUCCUCGACCUGCAGGGAAUGGUCACCCUGACACUGAGCGACAUGAGGGUGACCAGACACUACCAUGAUGGCUGGACUCCGCAGAAAGAGUCAUUUUUCUCCACACACACUGUCGGACUCUACAACAUAAUCUCAGUGCCAAGUAGAGGUAUAACUCUGAUCUGGGACAAACACACCCGCAUCACCAUAGAGCUGCAAGCAAAAUGGAGGAACCAAGUGUGUGGCCUCUGUGGCAAUUUUGACUCCAAUGAGAGGAAUGACCUAGCGAUGAGUGGCUCAUCAGUGGCGUCCAGUCCUCUGGUGUUUGGCAACAGCUGGAAAGCCGCCACACCUCCUUGUUCUGAUGUGACCUCUGAGAUAUUUCCAUGCGAACGCAACUCCUACUGCUCAGCCUGGGCCCAGCGGCGCUGUAUGAUCCUUACAGGAGACAAAUUCAGAGACUGCCAUUUAAAAGUGGAUCCAGAGCCCUACUACCAUGCCUGUGUGCAGGAAGCCUGCUCCUGUGAGUUUGAAGGGAAGUUCCUGGGCUUCUGCACAGCCGUGGCAGCCUACGCGGAAGCCUGCAGUGACCAGGAUGUGUGUGUAAACUGGAGAACACCUGAUCUGUGUCCUGUUUACUGUGACUACUACAACGAGCAGGGUGAGUGUAGCUGGCACUAUGAAGCAUGUGGUGAGAUGCUAACCUGCAGAGAAGGCAAAUACAUCCCUCACAAGCUGGAAGGCUGCUACCCCAGAUGUUCGAAGGAGGCGCCAUACUAUGAUGAAAACACUGGUGAAUGCACCACAUUGACAAACUGCACCUGUUAUUUUAAUGACACCGUUAUCCAAGCUGGAGUAGUGUGGCAGAAUCAAUUUACUAAGUGCCGCUGUGAAAAUGGAACAAUUAAGUGUUCUCAAUCAUCAACUCCUGAACCAAAAACUUCCACCACACCUGCCUCAACUACCACUAAAACAACUGUGCCUUCCACCACCACUAAACUAACUGUGCCAUCUACCACCACUAAACCAACUGUGCCUUCCACCACCACUAAACUAACUGUGCCAUCUACCACCACUAAACCAACUGUGCCUUCAACCACCACUACAUCACCUACAAUCACCUCUACUCCAGUGACGACCAUUACCAAUCUGUCAACCGUGCUUUCUUCCACCUCUAUAGCAACAACUACAACUGGUUUAACUACGACUGAAACAUUAUCAACAACAGCCCCCUUCAUAUCUACACCAGUGACGAAUAUUACCAAUCUGUCAACUGUGCUUUCUUCCACCUCUACACCAACAACUACAAGUACUUCACCUACCACUGAAACAACUGUUCUUUCCAGCACCACUACAACAAACACUACAACUGAUUUAACAACGGCUGAAACAUCAUCAACAACAGCCCCCUUCAUAUCUACACCAGUGACGAAUAUUACCAAUCUGUCAACUGUGCUUUCUUCCACCUCUACACCAACAUCUACAAGUACUUCACCUACCACUGAAACAACUGUUCUUUCCAGCACCACUACAACAAACACUACAAUUGAUUUAACAACGGCUGAAACAUCAUCAACAACAGCCCCCCUCAUCUCUACACCAGUGACGAAUAUUACCAAUCUGUCAACUGUGCUUUCUUCCACCGCUACACCAACAACUACAACUGGUUUAACUACGACUGAAACACUUUCAACAAAUAACUCUACCACCACAUCUACAACUAGAAUGAGUACCACUUCAGUGACAACUGCUGCCUCAACACAGCUUACAAUGAUAACAAAUGGCACAGAAUCUACUGCAACUGAGCUACAGACUGAAUCUCCUAGCACUCUGCUUACCACGUCAUACACAACAGACACAACUAAGCCAACAACAAAACAUACAGAGACAACAGCAACAACACUUCAAUCAACAACCACCUUUGCAACCAAUGCUACACCUACUGAAACCUCAGGUCCGACUGAACUAACGAGCACAGAAGUUUCCACUGAAACAUUUACCUCUUCUACACAUUCAACCACUCAACCUACCACCUCCUCCGAAGCAACAACAACAACAACUAAAUCUACGCUGAUGCCACCAACAACAUUUACCACCAAGGUGGCUACAACCAAUGCAACUACCACUGAACUGACGACAAGAACUGAUGAUGAACCAGGCACAACAAUGACAACGUUAGAAAUAACAAACCACACUUCAGUAGCCACCAACCCAACGGAGACUACAAUAAAUGUUGAAACGGAAACAGCAGUCACAUCAACAUUCCGCACCACACCUCUAUUGUGUAGUGCGUGUAAAGACCUGAAGCGGAACAAAACCUGGUGUGAUGGUGAGAAGUGGACAGAGGACUGCUACGAUAAGUCCUGUAGAAAUGGAACAAUUGAGUCGACUCCAGUGGUUUGUCCAGAGUCUACAAUUCCCAUCUGCCCCAGACAACUGACCAUAAAAGUGCAGGAUGGAUGCUGUGAAACAUGGAAGUGUGACUGUCGCUGUGAGCUAUAUGGGGAUCCCCACUACAUCUCUUUCCAAGGAGUAAACUUUAAUUUCUUAGACGACUGCACCUACAUCCUGAUGGAGGAGCGGUCACCACUCCAUAAUCUGACCAUUGCUGUUGACAACUUCGACUGUGUGCCAGGCAUCGAAGGCUCCUGUGCUAAAGGCAUCAUCCUGAAAUAUCAGAACAGUACUGCUACACUCACUAUCAAUCCAGAUUUGUUUGCAGUACAGGCCACUCUGAACAACGCCGCCAUAAAGCCGCCAUAUGAGACACCUGGGUGGAGGUUUGAGACCACGGGGUACAUGGUGUCUAUCUACCUCCCAGAGAUCCGCUCUUAUGUCUCCCUCAGUCCGUAUUAUACCCUGGUGGUCAGUCUAGCCAUGGAGCACUUCCUCAACAACACCCAAGGACAAUGUGGUGUAUGUGGCGUUGGAUCAUGUGUCCGUAAAGGAGGCCAGAUUGAGGACGACAGCUGCUGUGAUAAGACGGCCUAUGACUGGGUUUAUCCUGACCCGCUGAAGCCAGCCUGUGCUUCUGCACCAAGGAACGUACCUUGUCACCCAGUAACCACUCCCCCAGUAACCACCCCCCCACCCACUGUUACCACCUCCACCACUGUUACCACCUCCUGUCCUGGGAGCCGACUAUGUGAGCUGCUAAACCAUCCAGUCUUUUCAGAAUGCAGGACGUAUGUGAAUCUGAUCCUUAAGAAGAGCAACUGUGAGUUUGAUUCAUGCAGGAGUGGCCCUUGUUCUUCACUAGAGCAAGCUGCUGACGAGUGCAAAAAUGCUGGUUUCUGUGUUGACUGGAGAAAUCUAACUAAUGGAAGGUGUGAUGUGCCGUGUCCAGAAGGAUUGGUUUUCAGAGAAUGUCAAAACAAGCUGGAUGACGUCUGCGAUGGAAGAACACUUUAUCCAGGAGCCGUCCUCGAGAAGAACGCCAUAGGCUGUUUCUGUCCCAGCGGCCAGUCCAGGGCAGGACCGUACUCAAACAUCUGUGUGUCUGACUGUCCGUAUUGUAAAGGACCACUUGGUGAGCCCAGACUGCCUGGUGAGGUGUGGCAGUCCGGCUGUAACCUGUGUACGUGUAACAACCAGACUCGGACAGAGGAGUGUCUUCCAAAACCUCCUGAGCCAGCUCCCGUAUGUAGCCCUGAUGCUGUAUUGGUAAACACCUCUUGCUGUGGUGAUCAGACUUGUGUUGAGAAGACAUGCAGAUAUCAUGAAAAAACAUACAAGGUGGGAGACAGAUGGAAGGAUGCUGCCCAUUCCUGCAUUUCAUUCAGUUGCAGCAAAGAGGGUAUUAAGACUGAGACUAGAGUCUGUCCAACAGAAAACUGUCAGGAGGAGGACAGAAUUUGGGAUGACGAGCACUGCUGCUUUACAUGUAUCCAAAGCUGUGCUCCGAAGGUGACCAGUAUUAACGUCACCGUAGACAACUGUACCACCAUCAUGCAGAUGCCUGCGUGUCAGGGCCAAUGCAUGUCUGAACCCAGGGUCGUGUUACAGGGUGACCUGCAGGUGCAGCAGAAGCACAGAUGCUGUCGGGAGCGGAGCUCCGAGAGGAGAUCUGUGACCCUGCAAUGCUUCGACCUCACGACCAGAUUCUUCUCUUACAGGCAUGUCACCAGCUGUGAGUGCAGAGGCUGUGGUGACCAGUGCUGAAAAGUACUGACGGCACAAGCCAGAACCAAGAAUAAACAAUGCUGUAAUGUGUCCAUUAGAUUUCCAAAUCAAAUUCUAAUGUAUUCAGAUUUUAUAGAUUUCUAAUAAGAAAAUAAAAUUAAUAAUUUACUAAUCUCCA